UCGGCUGCCCGGUCGUAAGAGUGGCGGGAAAUCUGUGUUUACACCUGCCCACAGGCAUUUGAACCCGGUGAACGCCGAUCGGCCACUGAGUGCUCGGCUCGCUCUAUAGGCGCUGCUUUAUCUCGCCCUUACAGCUCGCUCGUCUUCAUUGUUGUGCGGCCUGCUAUUCUUGUGGUUAGAAUUACACAGUUCCUUACUGAAUGAAGCUCACAGCCGGGACCGCACUAUAAAGGGCCACGCUCCGAAUGCAUACAACCACAAAUGUGUUAAUCUCCUCUAACAAGCAAGAGCCGGUGGUUGUAGGUUUUUUGUUGUUGUUGUUAAAUAGUGUUUGUGUGCGUGGAGAAAAUUCUUCACAGAAGACAAGGGGGGAUGAAUGUCAUCGGACUUCUGGACAUCUCAGAGUGGACACUCGUGGUCGCGGUCGUCGUGGUCAGCUAUGUCACGUACAUGUCAUGGACUCACGGAAUGUUCCGUGCUCUUGGAAUCAAAGGUCCUACCCCACUUCCGGUCCUCGGGAAUUCCUUAGUUCAGCUCAGAAUGGGAAUACACGGCGCCGAUGUUUACCACAUGCAACAAUACGGCCACGUUUACGGUUCGUUUGAGACGAGGUUCCCUGUCCUCGUGGUGUCUGACGCUGAACUCCUCAAACACAUAAUGGUCAAAGAUUUCAACAACUUUCCAAACAGAAGGGACAUGGCGGAGGAGCUGGUCGGUUUCCCCAUCAGCAAGUCUCUCAUUUUCACCAAGGACGACCACUGGCGGUUCAUCCGCAACUUCAUCACGCCGGCCUUCAGCGGAGCCAAACUCAAACGAAUGGUGAGCGUACUGAACGGUGCGAAUGACGUCUUACUCAGUCAGCUGACGGCCAAGACCAAAGUCAGUGCGGAGAUUGAUAUAAAAAAGUACUUUGAACAUUUCAUAAUGGACUUCAUCUCACAGGCGGCCUUUGGUAUGGAGACCCAGUCCCAACUUGUCCCCAAUGACCCGUUCGCUGAGCAUGCGCGUCAGGUACUCAACUGUAUGACACUGGGGUCACCAUUUAUCAUCAUUGCCACAUUCUUCCCAUUUCUGGUUCCAUUAAUGUCUCGUCUGGGAUUUCACCUGUUUGCUGAAAAGAAAACUAAAUUUUUUGUGGACGUUACCAAGGAGAUUAUUGCCCAGCGGAAGAACGACAAACAUGCUCGCGAACGCACCGACUUCAUACAAGUGGCCAUCAACGCCGAGGAAGAACAUCGACACCAGCGUAACGGCAUUGCAGACGGCAGCAGCGGCGGCGGCAAGUAUAAACUUAGUGAUGGUGGCGGGAAACAACAAAAUGGACACACUAAAGGUUUGACUGACGACGAGAUCAACGCCCAGGCUCUGCUGUUCUUCCUGGCUGGGUACGACACGAGCUCCACCACCCUCUCGCUGGUCGUCUACAACCUGGCCACUCACCCGGAUGUGCAGGACAAGCUCCUGGCCGAGAUCGACGAACUACUUCCGGAAGAUCAACCUAACUACGACAAUAUCAGCAAACUGGAAUAUCUCGAUAUGUGCGUGAGUGAGACGCUGAGAAUAUAUCCACCUGGAUUAAGAGCAGACAGGACUGCGCUGCAAGACACGGAAAUCAACGGCGUGAAGAUCCCUAAGGGUCUCACUGUGGCUAUCCCCAUCUACGCCAUACACCACGACCCGGAGCGAUGGGAAAACCCGGAGGAGUUCGACCCUGAGAGAUUUAGCCCCGAGAACAAGAGCAAACACGGACCUUUCGAUUACCUCCCUUUUGGCAACGGCCCUAGAUCGUGUAUCGGGAUGAGGCUGGCGGUGUUAGCGAUAAAAGUGACGUUAGUUCGAGUCUUCCAGAAAUACAGGUUCACCGCCUCACAGAACACGCAGAUACCACUGAAAUUUUCUUUCGCUGGAUUGCUUCGUCCUGAUAAAGGGGUGUGGCUACACGCGGAGGAACGCACGUGACCGGCGUUCUAGCCAAUCACAAGGUCACAACUACUCUCGAUAGAAAUGUUACCUCAUUAGAAGAUUAGACAAACUCGCACGUGUCUGCUGUGGAACAAUUUAACUAGGACAGAACAUCAAACGUGAAUUUACAGCUCACCAACAUGAUGCGAUCUCGGAACAAACCAAACACAGUGUUCACAAUUUUGUUGGUCAUGAAAUCAGUGUUAAUAAUAUUAUAUCACUUAAUAUCUGCUAAUGCUUAUAUAACACUGGUCGUGAUUUUGGUGAUCAUGAAAACAACACGGACACAAACUAAUUUAAUAUACACUGUUUUGCAUGACUUUUCAUAUACGUUUAUAAUACAAUGUUGUUGACUGUGUUUUUGACACAAAAAAUUAGAUAUUCGUCAUGUAUCGGUCUACAUCCGAGAUUUAAUAUUAUAUACACACCUGUUAUAACCGUGUUCAGUGGUUAACUAGAUAUCAUAUAUACAGUCACACUAUUGAGUAUAUUUUUAAUAUUUACGUAGAGAAGAGAUUAUCUACUUUCUUUUAUUGUUUUCGUGAAGAACCAUUCUUAAAUUUAUGUUGCCUUUUAUGUUUAACUUUGACCACAUACAAUCGCCAUAUUGACCCUCAACAUGGGACGCGUCUGGCGUGUUUUAAUAUAUUAUGUAUCAAAAAUGGCGUUGAAACAUCUUAUGUUGCAGAAGGAUUUGAAUAUGUCGGUCCAUAGAUAACUCUAUUAAACACAAGUUUGAUAAAACUAUGUUAAACACUAGUUUGAUAAAACACUGUUACACAUAAGCUUGAUAAACAACUGUUAAACACAAGCUUGAUAAAAUACUGUUAAACACAAGUUUGAUAAAACACUGUUAAACAUAAGCUUGAUAAAACACAAGUUUUAUAAACUAUUUUUAAAGAUAAGUUUGUUUAAAAUACCGUUGUGUUUGUUGUUUACAUUAGUUAAAGAUAUUAAAUGUUUUUUGUUGUUGUUUUUUUGUAGUUUUUUUGGGGGUAUUGUAGCUUUAAUUAUAUAUUGUUAUCAGAAUCAACCCCACAGACAGACAUAAUUGUUAAACGCUUCACAAGGCGUUAUAUUUAGUAACAUUAUGUCAUUGCGAAUAGUAAUGUUCAUCUGUCAAAUUUUAUUUAUCCCAUAACCGGCCACUGUAAGAUAUUCACGUUAAUAUUGUAUUUAAGAAAAUUAAUAAAAAUCACAGUUGUUUAUUAUUAUUAUUAUGAUGAUGAUUAUUAUUAUUAUUAUUAUUAUAUUUCACAGCCUCCUUCUCUUUCUCUUCUUUUAAUUAGAAGUAAUUUUUCCUAGCUCGCAAGUCCACUUAUUUGUAUAACUUCAUUUUAUGUCCACUCCACAUCCCAGUCCUUGUCUCUCCAGUCACAACAUGUGCAUGUCCCCUGUGAUUAUCAAUGCCACACACACCUGCCAGUUCCCAUCAACGUAUACGGUGUUUCGUCUGACCACUUCACUUAGUAUAUAGUAGUAUCUUCGUCUUAUAGUCUUCGCGAAUGUCAGUACCAAAAGUUGGAUCAGUACGUUUACCUUGAUUGUUGUUUUUUAAGAGUCAUGUGUAACUAUGAUAAAUUAAUAUUAAUUUAAACCCAGGCGCGCAUGCAGGAAUUUUUGUAGGGGGGGGGGGGGGGGGUCCAGGCUGUGUCGAACGAUGUUUAUAGGGGGUCCAGUCAUGGAAAAUAAAUUGAGUAAAAGAAAAUUUGUUUCAGCAGGUAUGAGUUUCGACCUCCCGAAACCCUCCCACCCCUGCAUACGCUCAUAAUUGCUGUCCGUUUCUUAAAGCAUCGUGACUGCACUUAUUAACUGUAACUAUUGUGUUGUAGGAAGAAACAGUAUGGCAGACAAAAUCACUAUGGAAUGGAAAAACUCACUCGAAUUAUUUCUGCUAUACAGACAAAUUCCAUAUUUAUAUCGAGUUUAUUACAACAGCUAAUUGAAACUGUUAAGCACACCUAUAACUGGCAAUCACCAAGGUCAAACCUAGCGUGGGUUAAGUUGGCAGUUCAAGGGUAGGUGUUACCAGCAAAAUAUUGUUAGUUUUAAAAUGCUCUUUUUGUCUAUAUUAUUGUGACCUUCUUCUUUUUGACUGCCCCAUCUCCAACCACUAGUUAUUUUAGGCUAGAUUACAUUAAUUACAGAAAGUGGGGUGGGGGAGGGUGGAGUGGAGGGACCUCAAGUGACGAUAUUUUAUUUUAACGAUUAUGGUUCUCGAAAAAUGAAUCCGUCAAACGUUAUUCUCAUCACCUUGAUCGUAAAGAAUACUAAUUCAUUAGUUUGCUGAGUAUCCAAAAGAUAAUAUAUAUAUAACGACGUAUGGCUGCUAUUGUUUCCAUAUAUAAAAACAAAAUUAAUGUUACUUGGUCCCAUAAGCGCACGAGACAGGAGGCGGAAGGAUGGUCGUGGGGGGAGGGCGGUAGCAACUGCCCCCUAAUGCUGGAGAAAAUGAUCAAAUUCGGGCAAAAAUGAUAGAGAUAUUCGGGGAAAAUGUGCCAACCUGAAAGCCUUUUUACCAUGCAUUUCCACCAUUCUACCCGCAAAAUUAGUUGUAAUACAUUUGAAAAUACGUAGUGAUUCGUUUGCAACCCUAUAUAUAUAUAUAUAUAUAUCUAUAUAUAUAGCUGUUUGGCAAUAAUGCUAACUUACAAAAAGAUUCGGGCAUUUUAGUUUAAUUCGGGCAAAAACGAGCUGCCCUCUAUAAGAAUGAGAGCCAGUAUGCAUAUGUCGGGCCAAAGUUUUUUGCUAAACGUUUGCGAGUGCGAAUAAUUUUAACAUGCUCAUAUACCACUAGAGUUUCGAGCAUGUCCGUCCCGGAGUCUGUCUCUGGAUAGCCAGUGACUUGCUCCGGGACAGAUAAACGUUUGCAAACUAUUUGACUGGUUCCCGAUGUGGUCAUUCAGUUUAAUGUGUAGCGUAAAAAAACAGUCUUAACUAGUGUUAGCAACAAACGGUUGUCUGAACUUAUCCCAGGUUUAUAGUAUUAAUGGGAGACAACUCUGUUUCUCAUAUGCUUUAAAGGGGAUAAUCUAUCUCGCUAAACUUAGACGUGUGUUUGUGUGUUUGUUUGUUUUGACAGGGUAUUGCCAUAAAAGCAUAGCUGCUAUAAUUAAUUAUUUUUAAUAUAAAAGAAUAAUUAAUUGAUACUUUUUGAGAACAAAAAAGGUUCCUCAAAAUUAAUUUCAAUACAUAGAUACAUUUAUCAUUCAAAGUAAAUAUUUAGUGAAUAAGAUAUUUAUUUGAUUUGAUUUAAUGGUACACAAUACAUUGAACCCCAUCCCCCCAACCCCCCCCCAAAAAAAAAACCCCACCGAAACAACCCCAACCCCAAACCCACUCCAAAAAACCCACCUCAGUUUUACAUUUUUAUUAAAUAUUCUAUCUACAUCAUCGAUUGAAAUGAACAUAUUUUGAAAUCGACCCAUUUAUAGAAUUAUUUUCUACUAAUAAUGUGAACGAAUUAUGUACAUAUUUAUACAAAAUCUACAGAUAUAUAAUUUAAAAGCUCAAAGUUAAUAAAGAAUUGGAAUUGGAACUGGACAAUAUUUUAACACGUUGAUAAACAAUACUCACAGGUUAGCUCAACAUUCAAUCGUAAUCAUCAGACGUCUUAUAUAUAAAUAUCAGCGAUCUAUUUUUGUCCACAGUUCGUUCAACAAACUAUACGUCAUAAACUUAAAACAAAUACGCCAAUAAAAUUAUAGAAAGUGUCUUCUGGUUGAUCUGUUUUUUUUCUUCAGGUAAUGGCUUACAGUUUAUCUUGCUUUGAAAAUACCAUGCAACUACGAACAUAAAUGGAUAGCUACAAUGGCGAAUCCAGAAAAUCUAUUUGGGGGGAGGGGGGAGGAGUAAGGCCACACACGUACUCAAAAGGAUUACUCGGAUUCUCAAACGUUAAAAAUUAAAAUAUAAAAUAAAAAUAUAACUUUCGCAAACUUUACGCGUGUGUGUGUGUGGGGGGGGGGGGGGGGGGGGAAGAGAGGGCCCCCGGGGGCCCUAAUUAGAUCCGCCAUUGAACUAAUACAACUGUAUUCUGCAUUUGAUGACAGUAGGUGAGUUUUUUGCAAGCGGCCUCAUUUUGCAGUUAUUCUGUACCGAUAGAUAAAAACUGCAUUGAUCUAAACUGUUCUUCAUGAACAGGUGGUCUUUACCGAUAGAUACAAUUCAGUUCAAUUCUUUUAUUUCUUUAUGCUACAAGCUUGUCAGCAUAAUAUAUAUUCACACACACAAUAUGUACAUAUAUGUAUAUAUAUGUAUAUAUAUGUACACACAAGAGAAUUCGAUUAUCAAAUAGAUAAUCCAGAACAAAAAAAAUAUAUAUAUGUAUAAUACAAUAACACAAUAAUUGUAAUGCAUGCCUAUGGGAUUCAGUAAUCACAUUGGUAUUUAAGUAUUCGGUAUAGUCUUUUGUAUUUUAGUGGAUAUCGUCUGCAUUAUGAGUAGAACAUUUUCUAAUGCCAAGCAAUUGCUUACAAAAAUCAGUAUGAACCUGUUAUAUAUUGGCACCUCUAUGUAUGCCCCACACUUCAGAGAAAUAGGCUAAGAUACUGUUAACUUACAUGUCAAAUAGGCGAAGUGUUGUUUUAUAGUUCAAUUAGUAAUCCGCUAACUCACGUAACGUCGCAAACUUAACCUCUCUACCUUGUUCCGAUAGCUUCUUUUGUGCAACAGUGAAUGCGUUAUUGUAAUUAAAAGUUAACGUUUUUGUUUUGUUUAACGACACUACUACAGCAAAUUGAUUUAUUAAUCAUUGGUUAUUGGAUGUCGAUAUUGUAAUUAAAUGUAAUUACUAAAUAUAUAAAAUUAUCAACAAUAUUUAAAUAUUCUCCAUCAUACAACCAUUGUUCAUCAUCUUUAAAAACUGCAUUAAUUUAAGUUGUCCGUUAUAGACAGGUUCUUGAUAAGCAAGGUGUCUUUUAUAGCAAGUUUGACUGUAUACACAUAAACGUGACUCGUGCAGCUAAUGUAAUAUGCUCCGUGCAGUACUUUCGUUUUGAUGUAAUAUGCUCUGUACAGUACUUUCGUUUUGAUGUAAUAUGCUCUGUACAGUACUUUCAUUUUCAAUCUGUUCAGUGUUUAAUGUAUACAUAUGAACGUGACUCGUGCAGCCAAUGUAAUAUGCUCUGUACAGUACUUUCGUUUUCAAUCUGUUCAGUGUUUGAUGUAAGCUAAAAUGAAAUACACUUGUUAUAGUUGUGUGAAAAA